CUUCGAGGUCGACGACCUUAGGGCAGAUCACACCGUCACACACCCAACAUCACUGCUCAAGAUGAAGUACAUCUUUUCGCAAGAGCAGCUGGUCAUCCCAGAGGAUGUCAAAAUCCACAUCCGCUCCCGCAUCGUGACCGUCGAGGGUCCGCGAGGAAAACUCGUCAAGGAUCUCUCGCACAUUGCCGUCACAUUCACCGUCUCCAAGAACAAGAAGGGCCAGCAACUCGUCCAGAUCGAAAUCCACCACGGAUCGAGAAAGAAUGUCGCUACCCUGCGGACCGUGAAAUCCAUCAUCGAGAACCUGGUCAUUGGUGUCACCAAGGGCUACAAGUACAAGAUGCGAUAUGUCUACGCACAUUUCCCCAUCAACGUCAACAUUGAGAAGAACGAUGAGGGCCGGUUCAACUUGGAGAUCAGAAACUUCUUGGGCGAAAAGAUCGUUCGAUACGUUACGAUGGCCGAGGGUGUGACGGUGGAGGCUUUGAAGGGUGUCAAGGAUCAGAUCGAACUCACUGGCAACAGCUUGGAAAAUGUCUCACAAUCCGCCGCCGAUAUCCAACAAAUCUGCAGAGUACGAAACAAGGAUAUCCGAAAAUUCUUGGACGGUCUGUACGUGAGCGAGCGGGGCAACAUCAUCGAGGAUUAAAUGCGGAAAGGUGCUUGGUGUGUCAUGGAUGUCCUGAUUUCACAAAUUGAGCGCGUUGUCAACUGAGUCCAAGGCACUCGCAUCCUCCCGUGGAAGUCAACGGUGUGAUGAAGUUAGCCUUCCAGUCUUAUUGCCAGACUGGUCAUGACCCGACAAUGGGUUAGACGAAAACAAACGCUUUCCAAGUUCUUCUAUUUAGCGCUGAAACGACCGCUUUCAGUCCUACUCUGUGCUGUUCUUUUUCUUUUUCCUGCAAGCUGCGAGCUGUCAUGAGGUUUCUGCAACAACCAUUAUUGGGGCAAUUGACUGCUUACGAGCAUUGCGUCCAGUUUGCACCUUAUUCCCAGAUGAUAACCGCCUUCGCCGCCUUACUUUGGUGCAAGGUUCCUGGGCUCUGACUUGUAUUCCAGUGUGAUGACUUCAAUCCGCGCUUGCACUUUGUCCACUGCAUGUUAUCGUGCACCAUACAGCGUCAGAGGACCUCGAGGGUAGCAUCCUGCAGCCAUCGCAC